CCUCCAACCAGCCCACAGGGCAGAAGUUUGACAGCGGUUGCAGAAGGGAGCCCUGCUGCUGCUGUGACUUCUCUUUUCCCGGCAGGCAGGGCUGUGCUGCUGCCCCCACUGCUGCCAGGAGAGGCCAUUGCCCAGCACCGGUCCUGCCUGUCCCUGCCGGCUUCUGCCUGCCCACCCCACCUCAGGUGGCAGGGAUGCCAGUGUACGUGAUCAGGUCUGGAGAAAACCCCUUGCACUGAAGGGCAGGUCUUGCAGCAGCCUCAGUGAGGAAACCGUGCAGAUGAAGACUGCUCCUGCCCCUGUCCCCGGUGCAGCCACCUUUGCUGCCAGUGCUGGGCACUGCUCGGCCAGCACACCAGGCCUGGGGUUGCUGUGGUGUGCCAUGAGAUGUGCUGCGCGGCUCUUGUAAAGCUGUUCAGUUCACUCAUACAGCAUCCUGUAGGGUGAGAUGGUGGACUUCCGUGCCUUGACACCAGCUUUCUGACAGCAUCAUGACAGUAGACACUAGUAAAGGAGUGGAAAGAAACGAGAUCCUGCCCGUAACUACUGCUGCCGUUGACUGCAGCAUCCCUUUGCAGUGGUUUCUGGGGUACUUCUAGCUGCAGGCUGCACCUCCAGCAUGCCCUGGAAGCAGGAGCAGUUAAGGGAGGCAGCUGCUGAGAAGGAGGCUGCUUUGCAGGCUUGGGUCCUGUGCGCCGCAGCCUGCAGGCACCCAGCCCUCUCGCUCUGCCUGCGGAAAGCAGCUUUGGCAAGCGGAGAGGAAGGCGGGCAGCACUCCUGUGCAGCCAUGCCUGGGCUGCUGCUUGCCAGCUGCCACCCACAUGCCCCCCAUGCCCUGGGCAAUAGCCCCUGCACCCUGCGCAAUGCCCCCCAUGGGCAGCUGGCCCCUGCCGAGGUGCUGCGCCCGGGGCUGGGAGCCACUCUGCAGUGUCAUGCAGGGCUGGCACUGAAGCCAGGGGUGAUGGCAUUUCCCUCCCUGGGCUGAGCAAGGGGCCUUGCUAGCAAGCGCUGCAGCGUGCAGCAGGCUCUGGCUCUGCAGGGCUUGGUGGAAGGGCUGUUGCUGGCGCAGGAAGCCUGGAGAUGGCAGGGUCUGUGGCAGGAGUGACAGAAACGGGUCUAAAUGUCUCUGCUCGGCAAGGCCAGCAGCGUGCCAGCCGGGCAGCUGUUAUCUGCAGCUCACAGCAGGAAGGGAGCCCCCGGGCACCGCCCCAGCCAUCGCUCAGGUCCCAGGGACUGAGGGCGAUGGUUCUGCCCCGGGCAGCCUGAGCCCGUCCCCCCCGCCAGAUGCUCAUGGGCAGAUUAACGGGUCGCAGCGGAGACGUCUGCAACUGGUGCAUUUCAAAGUGCGCAUUUGUGCUGGGACGUGAGCUUCCCCGGCGGCGAGCCACGCUGCAACUUGAGAUGCGGCUGCAAUGCAAAAGCACUUCCCCUUGCAUCUCUUUUUUUAAUAGCUGAAAGUAAUUUUUGCUUCUUUAAGAAAAUAUACAUGCAAAACCACAGCCCGUUGCCAUGGUUACUACCGUAUGCUACUGUGAAUAGCUAAUUUCACAUCCUUAGACCUAUAGGCAUUGGAACACGUACUUCUUCUGGCCUUUCGCUGUUUCCCCCCUUGCUAGGCCACCGUCCCGCGGUUGCAAGGAAAGCAUGUUGUAAUUCGCCCUGCGACGCCGGAGGCGGUGGCUGCACUGCCACAGCCUGCAGCACGCUCCAUCGUGCCCGCGCGGGAGGCCCCAGGUUGGUACUAAGAAGUGCCUUUCCUGACGUCUCUGCUGCUUGGGACCGCUUCUAGAGCAGCCGCUGCUUUUUGCCUUGCUUGCUGCCAGCUAGACUGCGACGACAGCGCAUCCGCCAGGCACCCCCCUGCCGCCCGCGCCGAGGGGCCGGCGCGCUCGGGCCCUGCCCUAGCCUGCUUUACUGUAAAAAUAAAAGUUUGCUGCGAAGGUCAGAUAUCUUCUGCCCGAAAACCAAGGAGAGGAGGAAAAAAACCAACCCACAAACAAAAAACAAACAAAAAAACCCAACCCCAAACCACCCUAUCUUGAUCGUUGCUCUAAACUGCUGCAUCUGUCUAUGCCAAACUAAUCGAUACCGAUUGCACCACAAAACCCCCCGCUGCAAAUUCAGCUGCGUGGAGAUCACCUUCCAGACAACUUUACCUGAAAGUAGCUUGGAAAUCCUGUGUUGGAGGGUCUGCCAUAUUUCCAAGCUUGCACCGUGGGCUCCGGCCAGCACUCGGGAUGGGUAACUGAGCGCACCAGCCUAGCCCCGGGCUGCACAUUUUAACGUUCAACUUGCCGGUAACCCUGGCGUUUCUCUAAGUGCAAGACCUCUGACAGUGUCACGCUGUGAACUCGUGGUGGCACAGCUUUUCCUUGAGAAAAGCCACCCAAUUUUACACGUACUUUUAAAAUAGGGAGUGGGGGGGAAGAAAAAAAAUUCUGGAGGUGGCGCUUUCAUCAUUUCCAGUUUUAUCAGUUCAGCUACUCGUUUGUCCAUUUUAUUGGAAAUUUUAACUACCUGUAAAAUCUAAAGAUGGCUGUUAGUGUCACGCCGAUUCGGGACACAAAAUGGCUAACGCUGGAAGUGUGUAGGGAGUUCCAAAGGGGGACUUGCUCACGACCAGACACGGAAUGUAAAUUUGCACAUCCAUCGAAAAGCUGCCAAGUUGAAAACGGACGCGUAAUCGCCUGCUUUGAUUCAUUGAAAGGUCGAUGUUCGAGGGAAAACUGCAAGUAUCUUCACCCACCACCACACUUAAAAACACAGCUGGAGAUAAAUGGACGCAAUAACCUGAUUCAGCAGAAGAAUAUGGCCAUGCUGGCCCAGCAGAUGCAGCUUGCCAAUGCCAUGAUGCCUGGUGCCCCGUUGCAGCCUGUGCCGAUGUUUUCCGUUGCACCGAGCUUAGCCACCAAUGCAUCAGCCGCCUUCAACCCCUACCUGGGGCCUGUCUCCCCAGGCCUGGUCCCAGCAGAGAUCCUGCCCACCGCCCCGAUGCUGGUGACAGGGAACCCCGGUGUACCGGUUCCUGCCGCUGCUGCCGCUGCUGCCCAAAAACUAAUGAGGACGGACAGGCUGGAGGUAUGUCGAGAGUACCAGCGUGGCAACUGCAACAGGGGAGAGAAUGACUGCCGGUUCGCUCACCCUGCCGACAGCGCAAUGAUUGACACCAAUGACAACACAGUCACCGUCUGCAUGGAUUACAUCAAAGGGAGAUGCUCACGGGAAAAGUGCAAAUAUUUUCACCCUCCUGCACACCUGCAAGCCAAGAUCAAGGCUGCCCAGUACCAGGUUAACCAAGCUGCAGCUGCUCAGGCAGCAGCGACUGCAGCUGCCAUGACUCAGUCGGCUGUCAAAUCACUGAAGCGACCCCUCGAGGCAACCUUUGACCUGGGAAUUCCUCAAGCUGUACUUCCCCCAUUACCAAAGAGGCCUGCGCUUGAAAAAACCAAUGGUGCCACCGCAGUCUUUAACACUGGUAUUUUCCAGUACCAGCAAGCUCUUGCCAACAUGCAGUUACAGCAGCAUACAGCCUUUCUCCCACCAGGCUCAAUAUUGUGCAUGACACCCGCUACAAGUGUUGUUCCCAUGGUGCACGGUGCUACGCCAGCCACUGUGUCUGCAGCAACAACAUCUGCCACAAGUGUUCCCUUCGCUGCAACAGCCACAGCCAACCAGAUCAUAACUAAAGAGAAAAGGACAGUGUGUUUGGGUUGAGAAGAGGACAAGCUCAUUAGCCAUAAUGUAUAUAAUAUAUACCGUCAAGCAGCACCUGGAAACUCCCUCAGCAGUAAGACAUCCCACACCUUGCAUGUUAAUGAGAUGAAAUGAGAACUCAGAAAUCCACUGCACACUGUUGCCUAUAUACUUUGUACAUUUAAUUGAUAUUUGUGCUGAGGUGAUCUUAUUGUCUAAAAACUACAACAUUGUCUAUCUUUUCUAGUACAGAAGUAUGCAUAUGGUUUAAAUAUGCAUAUGUAGUCUAUUUCCUACAUAAUCAUGUAUGUCACCUUGAAAAGACAGACGAUGAUGUAACCAUAAAUCUAUUAUGUAUUGGUACGUCUGUAGACCAAGAUAUAAUUUUUUAAAGUAAGUUUAUUUCUUUCAAGGUUUACAAAUAAAAAAGGUGCACCUUGUAUUUAAAAUUGCCAUUAUAGAUGAGAGCGUGCAUGCACAGUAAUUUUUGUUUAAGAGUAAUAUUUUUAAUGUAAUAGAUUGUAAGAAGUGGUAAGAGAGGUAUCUGACAGAGAUGAAUGUGCCAAGCAAAACCACAACUGUGUAUAUUUUAAAGCACAUCAAUGGCUUUAAGUACCAUGUUGUUAAGGAUUCUCAUGAAGUGCCAUAGACUGUACAUCCAAUUAGAGUAUUAUUUCUGCAGUGUUAUUUUCAGAACCACGUUUUCACUCGCUUUGUUAGUACUAACCAGUCAAAGGGCACCAUUCUGUUUCAAACCAAAGCUGUCUCAGAAAUGGCCAACUAUUCCUUACAGUAACAGUAGACAGCACAAGAAAGAUACUCUAGCCGUACAAAUUAACCCAUACUGGACAUAUAUAUAAACUAUUUUAAGGCAUUGUAGUGUAAUAUUUAUGCAUAUUUUACUGUAUAACAUGAUAUAUGAAAGGGAAAAGCCAUUUCUGAGACACAAAAACAAAUGUUUGAGGAACUUCUUUUGCUUCUAUUUAUAGCCUCUGUCAAAAGUCAAAAGGACUAUAAAUGUUUUGCAGAGAUGGGUUUCACUUUUACUUCAUCAAAGUCACGCUUUACAUGGUGACUCUAAAGAAAGACGAAAGAAGCACUGACAUCAGAUGCAUGACAAACCAAAAUAUGAAAAAAUGGAGAUGUUAAUUAGCGUAGGAAUCGGGUGGGUUAAAUACUUGGGUGAGUUUUAUAUGUGAUUUUUUUUUGUUCAGAUUAACUGCUUAUAGCCUUAGAAAGCCUUUACAAAAUAAAAACAAAAAAAAAAUAGAUGUGCAUUCAAGUUUUAAGAAUGGAUUUAUCCAAAGGAAUUCCUUUUUGUGGUUUGGAUGUUGCAGCUGGUAAAGGAUAUUUUUUGCUAUGUUCAGCAAAGUGCUGAAGUGGGGGCCAGGUCACUGGUAGCGUAGCGUGGAGUGGAAGAAGCGCGGGUUCGGUUGUAGAACUCUCCAUACUUCCAAGUUUACUGCGAGUUUUUAUGCUUGAGAGAGAUGCUUUAUAGUAUAAGAAUGAUGUGUUGAUUUUACUGAUUGUACUGUACAUCUAUUAAAGCCUUAGAUUAUUACAUUACGGGUUAAAACCCAUACCAAUGUAAUUUCAGUCGUGUUAAGAAAGUAUAGGUGACUUCACAUGUUAUUGUAGUUACUUAACAUUAUAGAGUAUUACUUAUUUUUUCCUUGUUAAAAGUGUAGUUAUUUCUUACAUUUAUUAGAUUGUUUUCAUUUUCUAUUACCAGUUGAAUACCAUUUCAGUUUAUAGAAUUCUGUUUUAUUAGAGUUUACUGAUGACUUUUUCAAAAUACAAAAAAAAAGUAGUUUUCUUCAUAACAUACUCAGUUUUGAAUUUACAUGUAGUGUCAUAUGAGUAUUCGUAUUAUUGUUAACUAAAUGAUUUAUAUUUUACUGAUUUAAUAUUACAAUGUAAGAAUGUCAGUCAUUGUUAGUUCUUGUCUAGUUUUCAUUAAAAGAACAAAGAUCUUUUAUAUGGAUAUCUUAUAAUUAUAUAAUCAUUGCUAAGUAAGAAGUUAAGUUGUUGCUAUCGCAACAAUCCUGGCAGACAAUUGAGUAAUAUUUUGAUGAUUUAUUUUGUUUGUAAUUAGUUAUUAUGAGAAAAAUCUAGUUCCUAGAUAUUAGAAUAAAAUUUAUUUUCUACUGUAUCCAUUUCAAAUGUUAAAAUAUUGUUUAAAUAUUUUUUGAAAUCCCUGAAUAUCAGGCCUUGUUAUAAAUAAGCUGCAUAAUCAAUAGAUCAAGGGACUUUUUGUUGAUAAUCCAAAUACUCAAAGUUUACGUAACAAGAAUUAUAGUGUGUGUGUGCAAACUCUUGAGGGUUGAUUAUGCUGCAGUUUAGCAUGUGGGAACGUAUAGAGAGAAGGUUGACUUUUUGCACUUCUGUAUAUAGUCAAAAAAAGAGAGAAACCUGUAUAAUAGUAAGAUCUUAUUUUGAAUAAAAAUGUCUAUAAUUACAAGGAGUUUUGUUAAGGCUAAUAAAAUGACAGGCUGAACAAAAUUGCUUGCAAAAGUGGCACAGAGUUAGCACUCCAUACCCCUUCAAAAAAGUUGCUUUGCUUUAUGUGGACAGCUUGUAGUUUGCCAGGAUUUUUUCAGCUGGAAAGAUAUGCCAUCCUUCCAAGAUCUCAUGACUGACAAAAGCUCCACUGGUUCAAAUCUGCCUGAAAAUCAUUAAUAAAAAAAAGAUAAAAAAAAGGUAAAAAAAAAAGUAAAAAAAGCAGGUACUUCAGACCAUCAAGGUGAAAUCAUGGAUCAAAUAUUCCGUACAUUAUUCAAAAACUACUGCAUGUUUAAAGUAUCAAAAAAUAUAUUAAAGAUAUAUGCUAUUCAAACCAGUUUCUGACAAUUUCAGUGGUUUAUUGUUCACAAAAAAGAUUCUUCAAAACAAAUACUGACUUUCACAAAAGAGUUAAAUCAUGAACAGGCAAACCAAACAGCACACCGUAGCUGUAGUUGUUAUGUGAUUAUUUUUUAUUGCUGUAGUGGUCCUGUUCUUUUAGCAGGUGAAAAAAACCCAAACCCUGGGAAAUUUUGCCGUUUUAAUGGAAAGCGUUCAAGAAACGUUGUUGUUAAAUAUGCCAAAGCUGGAAAGAAGCGAUUAGACCAUUACUGUAUCUGAUCUCUCCAGUAUUCACACUGAAUAAUUAAUGAAGUUGCACUUAUUUGCAACCCCGUAACUUUCAUCUGCUGAAAGGACAGAUGUGCUUGGUUUUACUAUUAUGUAAUCACAGACUUACUUUUUGCUUGUAGUUGCUCCAAAUUAUGUACUCUGUCCUGGGCUGCAAUUUGUUUUUAUGCUUAUUUUAUUAUUACUGCUAUAGUUGACCUUGCUGUAUGGAAAAAAUAAAGUGAAAUUGCCCUAAUAAAAGUUCUCUUUCUUAA